AUGGAGCCCCCGACACAGUCUCCAUCUUCGGAGCCCUCAACCGAUAGUUACAACCCUGGAGAUGCAGCAGCACAACUAGUCGAGGGACUACCGCACCGUCCAUUCACCAGCAGCCAGGGUCUACACAGGACCCUGGACAGCCGGCGCGAAGCCCUUGCACAAGACAAAUCCCGCGAGGAGUACCUGGUUUUCACGGGUGUUCCGCCAGGGGUACACUCCAGAUUAAUCGACGAUAGGUCGCGAACAAGCAAGUACUGUCGCUUCUCUUACAGCGAGACAACGGGAACGCUGAUCGCAAAAGUCAAGGCCAGUCCUGAAGACGACCUGGCGGCGCGGUCGUUCGAUUUGCUUAUCGGAUUUGAGCUGAAUUCGAUGGGCGUGUUGGAAGAGGUCGAUCCCAUUGGAACGGCCACCGUCACAAUCGGCAGCUGGAAAAGGGAAGCGGAUUGCUCCUGGGGUCCUGUAUAA